UCGCCUUAUCGGGCGGUACAGUGGGUGUCCCUCGGUCUCACCUCUCUGGGCAUGCAGCAUCGCACCCUCGCCUCGGCCCCUGGCCUGUGGGCCUCCAUCCCCUGUCCCCGCUCCGAGCUGGACCUGGACCUGGUACUGUCCUCGGGCCAGUCCUUCAGGUGGAGAGAGCAGAGCCCGGGGUACUGGACGGGGGUCCUGGACGAGCGGCUGUGGAGUCUGACCCAGGCGGACGGCCGGCUGCACUACACCGUGUAUGGGGAGCCGGCCGGGCCCGGGGCCCCAGAGACCCUGCGCCGGUUCUUCCAGCUCCACAUCCGCCUGGCCAACCUGUACCGGCACUGGGCCUCCGUGGACCCUCACUUCCGGGAAGUGGCUCCGAGGUUCCCCGGAGUGCGACUGCUCAGACAAGACCCCGUGGAAUGUCUGUUCUCCUUCAUUUGCUCCUCCAACAACCACAUCUCGAGGAUCACCGGCAUGGUGCAGCGGCUGUGCCAGCACCUGGGGCCGCUGCUGGGACGGCUGGACGGCGUCUCCUACCACGGCUUCCCCAGCCUUCAGGCUUUGGCCAAAACUGAGGUGGAGCCUCAACUUCGGGAGCUGGGUUUUGGGUACCGUGCCCGCUUUGUGAGUGAGAGUGCCCGUGCCAUCCUGAACAAAUGGGGAGGACCCAGCUGGCUACAGCAGCUACGUUCAGCAUCCUACGAGGAAGCCCAACAGAACCUCUGCUCACUGCCUGGGGUUGGGGUAAAGGUGGCAGACUGUGUGUGUCUCAUGGCCCUGGACAAGCCCCAAGCUGUGCCUGUGGAUGUCCAUGUCUGGCACAUCGCCCACCGGGACUAUGGCUGGCAGCCCACUUCCAAGGGUCAGAAGAGCCUGAGCCAGAAGGCCAGCAAAGAACUGGGAGACUUCUUCCGGAGCCUGUGGGGUCCAUAUGCUGGCUGGACUCAAGCGGUUAGUGUCUUAUUCCCCCUGAGUUCCCCCAGCCUUUAUUCCAUCAAACCACACACACCCUCACACCCUCAUUGCAUUUUUCCUCCACCCCCUACAACUCUGAGCCCGAUGGGCUUGCCCUUCAGAGAGAAGACCCUCUACCCCACCUCCUUUCCUCAGGUGCUGUUCUGUGCAGAUUUGCGACAGGUCCCCAAACCACAGAUCCUCCAGGCAAAGGCAAAGCCUCAAAAGCGCAAAAGGGGGGCCUCUGAGGAGAACAGGGGCCCAGUGUCAAGGCAAGAGGACUCUGGAGACCCAAGGUGACAGGAAACUGUCUCCCUCUUCAGUAGCAUCAGAGAUCCUAGCCCCUCACCAGGGAAAGAUCCCUUCCUCCCCUCUCCCCUGCCCUACCCACCCUUGGGUUUGGGGGUUCCCUGACUUCCAGCAUCUACCUCAGGGCACUUUAGUUCCCCACAGCAGAUGGUCAGUUGUGCACUUUUGGGGAAAGGUAAGGAUUGGGAGGUGCCCACCAAGCUGAAGGCAUGAAACAAUCAAAUGGUUUUAACCUCUUCCCUUUAAUAAAAGAAUGAACAAUAAAAUAGAAA